CACAGCUAGACUCGGGACUACAUAUACUGUUCCUGCCGUAUCUGUAGACUUCCAGGCUGCUCCAAAGAGAAACGAUUCCGUGACACCAAAACUCCCACGAAAAGAGCUUCUCACCGAUGGACCCACCAUGGCUUCAAGUUGGUCACAAACGGAAGACUACCGACUCGUCCCCCUCUCCGUCUCGUAAGAACAACGCCGCGAACGGUACAUCUCAAUCGAAGAAGACCAAGUUGAACGACGAAGAUAGCGAUGGCGAGGCUAGUCCUAAGCCGAAUCCUAUGGAUAUGGACGAACGGGAGGGGCAAUCGAUCGUGCUCGCCGAUGGGUUCGAACAGGUCAUGUCGAGGGACGCAAAGAGGAAGAUGAAAAAGGCGAGCGUCAAGGAGGCUCAGAAGGCUAAAAAGCCACCUACCUUGAAUUACGCUACAGCCGGCUUCAGGAGCGGGAAAAAUAUCACCAUCGCUUCCGUACGGGAUCUGGUGGAACACCUCGUUACAGGAAGUAUCCCUGAACCCAACUGGAUGAAAGUCGAAAACCGCAGUAGCGUCGAUCAUGUCGUCACGCUUUUCAUUCCAGGUCUCCUCCCGACCCACCUAGGACUCCCCUCGAAUACCCUCAAACCAUCCCAGAUCCUACCUUUCCCCCUCACCCCGCCCCCACCUUCAGACUCAGACAUGACCUCGGAUACACCGAAAGUGAAGAUUCCACAAAUGGCGAAAUUGUUUUCCAACGCCCUUCCGACCCGCGCACCGGGAGAUCAAUACAGGUUCCACCCGGCCGUGAACACGUUUCUUAGCACGGUCGUACCGCCGAAAGAAAAGGAGAGGAGGAAUCGGGAGAAGCAGCGAGAUUUCAAGCGCAGGGUCGACGCUUCCGGGGCCAACAACGGAAUCGGCGAGAAGGACGCCUUCGACCCGGUCUUGUUCCUCUUGACCCCGAAUCAAAUGAUUGAGAACGAAUACCCCAUCCCGAGUUAUUUUCCGGUGACGGUCGUGGCGUUCAUGAAGGGCGACCAGGAGGCGAUCGAGAGGGGGAAUCAAGUGUUUUUGCCCUGGCAGCACGCGGACACGGCAAGUGGACAGGAGAAGGGGUCGUCGUUGCCGGAAGGAUGGAAGGAGACCAAGAGGGCCGACAAGGCGCCGGAGGAUGGAAAGUAUCCCGUUUUGGCUGUAGAUUGUGAGAUGUGCAUGACGACCAAGGGCGACGAGUUGACCAGAGUGACAGCGAUCGAUUAUGCGACGGGCAAGGUGGUCUAUGAUGAGCUCGUCAAGCCCGAAGGCACAGUUGUCGAUUACAAGACCCAAUGGUCGGGCAUCACUGAAGAGAUCCUUAGCAAAGCUACCCUCUCCCUCUCGGACGUCCAAACCGCCUUCCUAACCCGGCCAGACCUGAUCACACCAUUUACGAUCCUCGUGGGUCAUUCGCUGGAGAAUGACCUGUUGAGCAUGAAAAUCCGUCAUCCGCUGGUGAUCGACACGGCCAUCUUGUUCCCCCACGCCAAAGGGAGACCGAGUAAACCGAGUCUGAAGUUUUUGACGGGGAAGUGGUUGGGAAGGGAGAUUCAGAACAAGGGCGGGGAGGGACACGAUUCGGAAGAGGACGCGAGGGCAUGUUUGGAUCUGCUGAGGAGGAAGUGCAUCGAAGGUCCCGAUUUCGGCGAGACGAUGGAAGACAUGGAGACCAUCUUUGAAAAGUUCGCCCGACACGCCAGGGACUCCAAACAACCCGGUCGAUCGUCCUUGUUGUGCGAUUAUGGUAACGCCACCACGCGGAUGAGGGCGACGAGGGCUUUCGUAUGCAAGGACGAUGACGAGGUCGUCGAGAACCUGGUGGAGAAUGUGGAGGAUUUUGAUUUUACGUUUGCGAGGAUGUUUGAGCUUUCGAAUGCGCAGAAAUGGACCACGCCGAGGGCAAGCGAUUCAAAACCUCUUGGGGUGGUUGAGCCUGAGGUGGAGGGUGACGUUGCUGCUGACAUCCAAGACGACGAGAACGACGACGAAUCGGCGACUGAGCACGCCCUCAGCCAGCUCAACGCCCGUCUCGUCAAGAUUCACGCCGCCUUGCCACCUCGAACCGUCUUGAUCAUCAUGACCGGGAACGGCGACCCGCGCCCUGCCGUCCGGUUGAACGACAAGCGCAAGGCGUUCGAAUUCAAGUACAAGAAGCUGGGCGAGUCCGGGAUCCACGGGUUGCCUGCAGAGGAAAAGUGGACGGGGCAGGAUGAGAGGGAUCUGCAAGAGACCGUCAUGCAGGCGAGGUUUGGGAUGGCCUUCUUUUGCGUCAAGAAUGCUGCGCCGGGAAAAUAGAGACGGUGCAGUGGGGGGUUGGUUACAAGGCGAUCCAGGUAGCGCCGAUAUCGAGCGCGAUGCGGAACGAUAGAAUACGUAACGGUAUGUAUUGAGGGCUUUCAUGUAUCUAUACUCGUGCCACGACAACGGGGAUUGUAAUGAGUUUUACAGUUGGCAACGACGAGGUUGUCGAGAGCAUAUAUGAGCGUUUAAGGUUUCCCAUGGCGCA